UUUUGUUUCCCGAAUCGUUGUCAAAACAACGGUACUUGUAUUCGAAAAACGAAUGAUUAUAAAUGCAAAUGCGAACCUGGUUAUGGAGGGAAAAAUUGUCGCAUAGACUUUUGUGCUAAGAACCCUUGUCAAAAUGGAGGAACGUGCAACAAGGUUAAAAUAAAUUCUACGUGUUCAUGUUUACCUGGAUUCAGUGGACGAAGUUGUGAAACAGAGAAAUUUCAAUACUUUGGAAACGGUUGUGCAAUCCAUAUUAAUAAAAUUCCUUCUCAAAUAAUGUCGUAUGAAGAGGCCAAGAUACAAUGCAACUCACUUCAAGCAGAACUUGCCAUCAUUAAGUCAAACCAAUCGAAUGUCAUCAUUAACCAAUACAACCAGCUGUGGAUGGAUUCCCAACCAUUAUGGUUGGGAGGUAGAGAGAGCAAUUCGUCGUGGAAAUGGUUAGAUGGUAGCAACGUUGAUGGUUUCAAUACAUCAACUAUGACUCACGAUGGUUGUUUAUCAACUGCUGUAAAUGGAAGUUGGUCUGCUGAGAAUUGCACCAGAAGAAUCGGAUAUACUUGCGAGAAACUUGUCAACGGGGGAGAUUUAUGUUCAUCCUCAAAAUGUAAAAACGGUGGUAAUUGCACGGCGAGCGGAUGUCAUUUCUACUGCAACUGUCCUCCUGGCUUUGCCGGUUUGAUUUGCGAAAUAUCACCACAUGUAGAAAACGGAGCAGGAUUAAACUUACUUGUUUACGCAAUACCGGGUGGAAUCAUCGUACUUCUCGCUAUUCUUCUGGUUCUGGGGUUAUUAUGUCACCGACGAAGAGUUUCGCCAAAGAACGCCAAGUCAAAUAACACUGAAUAUGCUGACGUGGCAGCACCGCCCGAAUACGCAGUAAUAAAAGACGCACACAGGGUUGUGGCGUAUGAAAAUGUCCACAUUAACCCACAAGUCGUUUUGUACGAAGAUAUGCGGUAAUUUUCAAAGCCGAAAAAUGGAACUCUGAAUCGCAUGCACUCGUUACCAUACAAAGUUUUAUACAUAGUGGGCUGGGGGAAGAUUGGACAUCCUUUUAUUCUUAUUUCGUCCCAUUUCAUAGUAAACAAAAACAUGGGAAAGAAUUAUAAACAUC